CCUCUUCUUCUCCUUCUUCUUCACCAUCCAUUCUUUGCUCUGGCAUUUUCGUUUUCAUUUUCUAUUUUUUGCUUUCCCUCUUCUUCUUUUUUUUUUUUUUCAUUGUGGGGAAUAUGAUUUCUCCAUGGUUUGUUUCAUCCAUUAUUAAUAAGCGCCAGUACUUAAGCGCCUCCAAAUUGCCCCAACAGCAAGUGAAAAUUCCCUCCCACCUUCUCUUUCUUCUCUGUAAAUUCCAAGAACAGCAACAUAUAAGGCCUUGAGAUCUGCGAGACUACUUCACACUGCUCACUCAUGGCUGAUUCUGAACAUUCUUCUUCUGAUGACACUUGCGUGGACUCUAGAGAAGAGACAAGCGAAGAAUCAAAGCUAGAGUUCUCUGAAGAUGAGGAGACACUCAUAAUCAGAAUGUACAAUCUGGUUGGAGAAAGGUGGUCUCUGAUUGCUGGCAGAAUCCCAGGAAGGACAGCUGAGGAAAUUGAGAAGUACUGGAAUUCCAGAUACUCAACAAGCCAGUGAAAGUAAUAAAGCAAGAUGACUGUAUUAUUUAGAGUGACGUGAAUGCUUGGAUCAGAAAAUUUUCUCUAAGAUAUGAAGAUUUUCUCACUCUGGGUUCUGUACUCAGACCCAUUGAAGCUCUGGGUCAUUCCAUAUGAUCUUUAGGAAUGGAGUUUCUCACCCUCUUUUUGUCGGUUGAUCUUUGUUUGUGAUCAUUGUUGGGGUAAAGCCAUUGGUUUUUCUUUUCUUUUUUUCAAGGUUUAAUGUAUUUGCAAGUAGGACCUUAGAUUCUUGAUGUAUACUGUUCCCUCUAGUUAUAGUGUACAAAUGUGUCGUCCUUAGUGCUGUCCCUGAUGAUAUGACAUUGUUACUCCCUUUCUUUACCA